UCGCCACUGUGGAACAGGACGCGGUCGCCCCUGUGGACACUGGUGCUUUGUUUAGCAUAUUUAGUUCGGCAAGCCUGAGAAUGAAAAAAGUUAAAGAUUUUUUUUCAGACUAUCACGAUGAAGAUUUUCUGGCUCCUAAAAGCGGGGCAAAGCUGGCUUUUCUCUUUGACCUGGACCGAGCUGAGAGUCAGGGCAACGACUCCUUCCAGUUCAUCGCUCCCAGACAGCCCAAGCGAACCUCUGCACAUUUCGGCCCGCCUCCUCAGAAGCAGGCCCCUCCCCCCACAGCUCAAGCAGUCCUAUUGGCUACUGCAGCCCAUGCCUUCUGCUUUGAAAAUGGACAAUAUUUAAAGCAAGGCAAGUUGGGGGUAGCCAUCUUGGGAAACCAUGUGACCAAACAGUACAAGGUCUUGUUGUAUGGCAGUCAACAAAAGCAAAUCACAACAUCACGAAUCCAUCAAGGAUUUGUCCUCACAGUUCAGCCUGAUAAUUACAUGUCCUUCUAUGAUGAUCAGUGCCAGAACUGGUCCCUGAAGUUUGACUCUCAGAAAGCUGGAAUAGACUUCUGUAAGGAGGUGUGUGUGGCACGGUGGAACAGUCAGGACGGUGCAGACACACCAGUGACCCAAGACCUGCUCCUUGGAGAAGGGCGGGCUGUGGACAUGGACGACGCUGUGAAGAUUUCCUUCUCUGGCUGGCUGCUUCAGAGCCAUGCUAUUGGACAGAUGUUCGAUUCCAGCGUGGGCAGAGAGAAGCUACAGCGUGUUCGGCUCGGCACUGGCAAAGCCCCGAGGGGCUUAGAGCAGGGCAUGCUGGGAAUGCAGAAAGGAGGGCGGCGCCUCUUGAUUCUCCCUGCCAGCAUGGCUUAUGAGUCACAGGGCAUUCCAAACGGCUUGCCACCCACCAGCACUGUGGUGUUCGAGGUGGAAAUUUGCUGGGUUAAAUUGUCCAAAGAUGGAGGCUGCCCUGCUGUAGGAUCUGCAGACUCUGCUAAUGCCUCCCGAGUCCCUGAUGCGGGCAGCUUGAGGGUGGAGGAGACGGAGCAGCCUGUUCUUCGUGUCCCUCCUGAGCAAGGAAGUCAAGCAUCGCAGGCUAAAUCUGGACCUGUGAAUGUGCUUCCAAAGCAUCCAGAUGCAGGCAGAGCCAAGCUGAUCUCACGCAUGGCUAAGAUGGGCCAGUCCAUGUUGCCCUUUCUCAUAGGGGCCAUUCCCAGCAACUCGGAGCCAGAGGCUGGUGCUGUGUCUGGAUGGGGUUGUGAUGCACCCAGCCUGGCGCCCUCCCCUUCCUCCUCACCACAGCCUGUCCAGAUGGCUUCCUCUGCUCCACCAAGUGCUGCUCCUUUAAAACCAGUUUCUCUCCCGCACCCGGAGACGCCUACCACAGUCAAUCCGCCACAGGUGCUUGUCAGCUCCGAUAACGCUUUCCAGUCUUAUCCUAUAGCACCACUACAGCCCUUACAACCAGUCUGUCCACCCCAGCACAUGCUAUGCUACACUGCUGACGUGAGCUCUUUCUUGCUGACCGAGGCUCGACGACAGGAAGCUGAAAUCCGAUUAUCAGUUGCAAGAGUGGCAGACAAAGUUGACCAGAUGGCCACGAAGGUGGACGAGCUACAGAAGCGAGGAGAUUUCGGCUUGUCCAGCAUAUCACUGGAAGCAGCCAUAAUCCUGCAAAAUGUACAGAGAAUCAUUGAGGAGAAUGCCUGUUUGAAGAAGGAGGUUCUAGAGAAGGCUUCUAAAGUGGAAGAACAGAAACGUAAUGUAGAGGAGCUCAAUGAACAGAACCAGAGGUAUAUGGAACAGAGCAACUUGCUGCUGGAACAGAAGAACGAUACACUGCAGUACAGAAGUCAGCAAAGUCAUGACGGGCUACUGAGAGCUGAAGAGGAAAAGGUGCGUUUGGCUGAAGAGCUGGCCGCCUCCUCCUCUCGCGUGUGCGAACUGCAGCAGGAGGUAGGGUGUCUCCAGCAGAGGGCAACAGAGCUGCAGGCCAAACUUGGUGCCGCCCUGCAGGAUGGUCAGAGUCGCUGCGCUCUAAUCCACACCCUGGAGGCUCAGGUGGAAGAACUAAAGAAUGAGGGAGAACAUUGUCGACAGCAGUGGAGAUCUGAAAAACGGAAAUACAGAAAGAUGGAGCUAAUGGUAAAUGGCAUGGAGGAAGAGAUGCAAGACCUAAGGGCAGAGAAAGACCACCUUGACCAGAUCCUGUCAGACAAGAAGAGGAAGUGGCAGUUGGCACGGGAGCGCUUGCUGUUGGAACAGGAGGAGAAGCGACAGAACUGUGUGCAGGAGAACCAGUGUCUCCUCAAGCAGCUGAAGAGGGCCAGAGCACUGAACACUGAAACACACCCCACACAACAGAUUGAGCUGGAGUGGUGGCGGAAGUGGGAGGCAGCACUGGGGCAGCAGGGGGCCGAGCUGCAGGGGGCAAUCGUUCACCUGCAGGAACAGCGAGUAGCGUUAUGGCAGGAAGCACAGAGCGAGCAGCAGCAGCACGAGGUGCAUGUGGCUGUUCAGGUGAAACGGGUGAUGAACAUACUGUUCCACUCUCUGAAGUUGAAGUUUGAUCUGCAGGAGUCCUAUACUGGAGACUUUGUCCUAAGGACCCUCCUCUACAUGAUCAAGCAUGUGACUAUGGGAUUCCUCAAAGAGCCUGAGGAGAGCGAGUCCGAGACGGAGGAGGAGGAGGAGGAGUUUGUCUCUGCAGAGGAGAUGCAGAAUGAAGGAAAGGUGGAGAAAAGAGUGGAAAGUGGAAUCAGAACUGAGAAAGGGAACGACAUUCAGGCAAGGCUGGACAAGGCCUUUGACGUGACUGCUGAAGAAAUGUUCAGUCUAGAAACUUCACAACUGACUGCUGAUUCAUCAGUACUAGAUGAGCAGUCAAUAUGUUCAAAGAACAAAGGGCUUGGAGAUUAAUGUGACCAAUCAUGACAUGAGGUGCAAAAUGGUAGCCAGUCACUGCAUGGCUGCACUCAUCCUUGCCCUCUUACAGAGGCAAUAGAUGGCUAUUCCAUGCAAGCAAAAUGAGAAUUUGCGGAUGAACCCUGUUCAUCUUAAGACCAACAUCUACCAGAGAUGCUGUCCCUAAUGAGUGAGUGACCUUCACACUUGUGGACUUGUUUUUUGCACAUCAUUUUGUGGAGUGAUUUUAGACUAACCCAAAGAAUUUCUAUGAUAUAAUAAUACCAUGAUUUCAAACAAUAUGCUAUGCUAUGAUUGCUUUGACUACAUGCUUUUAUGAAUAUUCAAGUCAAAGAAAUGUUAUAGCUGCUCUCAGUAAAAUAUGAUAAGGAAUGUAUGAAAAUGUGAUUUACAAAGAAAUAUAAGUAAAUGAUGAAUAAAGUCAUUUUAAGAA